AAUUGGCAAGAAUAAUAUCGUAGGUUAGGUUAGGAAACUGGAAAUCGUUUAGCCUGCCUGUUAAAAUUUCAAGCAAUAAAAUGAGAUUUUCCACGAAUAUUAGGAAUAAUGAAAUGCGUAUAGUGCAAAGUUUAUAUCAUAAGACGAUACUUGUUUUCUCCAAGAUUGAAAUCAAAUAAAAAUGUCAAUAAAUUUCUCCAAAUUGUUAAGUGUUGUGUUACUUGUUUUUGAUAAAUUAUAAGAUAUGUGAUAAUUUUUAUUUGGAAAACAAGUGUUUGAUAAAGUUUUCAAGAUGAUGGGCUUAUUAACGUUUUUAAUUAUUUGUUUUGUUGUGUAUUGCAUUUGUACAUGGAUUAUUCCAAGAUUUUUGGCAUGGCUUGUAAAAAGAAAAUACAAAAUAGAUUUACAAGUUGGCCAUAUCUCACUUCCAUACUUUAUUGUACGAGAUGUCAAUAUUUCUACAAAUGGUUUCACAAUCGAAAUUGAAGAAUGUAGUGUACGGAGUAGUCUGUUUAGCAGUGAGGUAGCUAAGCUGCUAUCUGUAAUGCUACGAGGUGUGCGGGUUAAUAUAGAUGUUCCUGCAGUCUUGGUCAAACAUAAAAAUCGUUCAAAUAAAGUUUUGGAUUUUCGAAAUACAAAGAUUCCAUCAUUUAUAAUAACAGUUGUACAAUUUUUGGCAAUAAACAUUGAAAAUUUGAGCCUUUUGGCUCUUGGAAGUGGUUGGUUAGGCAAUGGCAGUACUGAGACUCUUAGUCUUGAUGGCAGUGUUGUACAUGGAGCACGAACUCUACUUGGGACUGCAACUAUUGUUAAUGGAACUAUGAAACUGCUCCGUCAUGCAUCAGAUGCAUGUUUGGCUCAAAUUAAUUUUGCAGGUACCAUUGAGGGAACUCUAAGAGCCCAAGGAGAAUUAUCACUUGAGAAACUGUUUAUUGGAAUUACCCAAACUGAAGGCUCUGGAGGUGUUGGUCUUCUACAAUUUCUGAAGGAUAGGAAAUCAUUGGCACCUGAAACCCUGAAUUCUACAGCACCUAAGCAAUUUAGCGAUGAUGUUUUAGCCCGAUUUGCUCCUAUUUUACCAAAGAACUUAUUAGUGAAGUUAGGUAGUUCUUCUAUAAUUGCUGGAAGAGAAGAUGGUUCUCAUUUAGGUUUAGAAUGUACAAUGAAGAGUCUACAAGUCAAUGCAAAAUUCCAACCAAGUGGGCCUAAUCUUUAUUUAGCCUUGAAUAUGGACGGAAUAUCUGUUCGUGGAAAGCUUCCAGUAUUAUCAUUACGGUCUCUAUCAAUAGAAUCAAAGAUGGAAGAGAAUAUUUUGAAAGUUGCUACACAGUUAAAUAAUCUAUCAAUGACUUAUGAUUAUAAGGAUUGGGAAUCAAUUUUGACAAGUAGUGCUGAGGAUAUUCUUAGGUCCGAUGUUAAAACAUCAUCAAAGAAUUCCUUUGCAUGGCUACAAGUGCAUACCAUCACAGAAUUAUAUGAGGGUUCAUUAUUUAUAAAAUUACCGGAGGUACAAGAAACGUCCUGUACUGUAACACAUGUAAAAUUUUGCAUGGAUAGAUUGACAGACAAUGCUGACGAAUGGAAUACAAGAUUAACUCUUGAAUCGCUUUGUUGUGCAUUUAAUGGCACUAAUGCCAAUGUAUCCGAUGCAACUCAUAGGUGGGGAAAUCCUCUCUCUAUUGGAGUGUUUCUUGCAACUACUCGCAAAAAUGCUGUAGGAAUUGCUAUUGACGCCCUCAGAACUGAGUGGAGCUUGGAAUUAGCAAAAUUUCUCGAACGUGGAUUACUGUAUUAUAAUGAGCGGAAAAAAUCCCGAGACUCAAGGCAUAGUAGGUUUAACGACGAAACUACACAAUUAAAUCUUAAAGUUUCCAAUUGCAACCUUUUCUUCAUUGCAGAGAAUGAAUUGGCAAUCAUGGUACGUCUCGAUUCGGCAACUUUGGAACGAAGUGUUAAACGCUUCGUCGGUGUAGCGGAAGGAGUUUGUGCAAUAACAUUGAAUAAAAAUGAACCAAUCGUAUGUCAGCAUGCACAAGCGUUAAGUCAUCCGUUUUUAGCAGUUAGAAAAUGCAAGACUGCUAUUACGCCUACCGCUAUAAACGUUAGUCUAGAUGAUACCAACUUGGCCUGGAGUCCCAAUUUACACUUACGUCUGUUGCAAUUAUGGAUCGAGUCGGCAGACUUCCGGGCUAUAGCUUUCCAAAAGAAAAUGGUCUCUGUUAUGGAUGAUAAGACCAAAUCAAAGCGGCCUUUGGAUAUUCUGUGUACCGGUGGAAUUUCUUUAACCAUUGACAUUUCUCCACGUCACUUUUUGGAACUGUCUUCUGAUCAUUUGAGAUGGUCACAAGGAGAAUGGCGACUUAAUUAUCUGCGAGCUGCCUUGGACAUGGCUGACAUAAUCACGAUCGAAGGUUUCAAAUUGGUCAGAGUUGCGGACAGCGAGGAAGUCAGGUUGGAGCGACAGCAUAACGAUGGAUUCGAAUUGGAAUGGAAUGAAACCUGGGCGUUGAGCAUCGAUUUGGCGAAGGCCUGUUUCCCGUACGAGCAUAAAUUUCACGAAGCUAUCCAGAGCGAAUUAUUCAGUUUGCGAAAGUGGCUGAAAGAGAUUCAUUCGUCUAAAUCACCAAAGGAAAAACCGCUACCUUGCGAUCUAGUCAUAAAAAUAAAGGAGUGGAUAUUCGAGGUGAGCGACGAUCCAUUCGAGGUCCGUCUGCGCGACAAUUACGAGCUGUUGGAAGAUGAGUACAAGGAAAGUCUGAAACGUCAAAAGAUGCUGGACGCCAAAGUCCAAGAACUUUGUCGAGCUCAUCUCCUUCUGCCUCAGGGUAAAGUUGAGGAACUGUACACUAGCCUAAACAAAAAGAACGCAGAGAUAUACGUGCAGCGUUGGAAACAAAUGCAGCGUGCAGGCCCAGCGCGCACUCGGCUCUUUGCCUGGACAAUGCUUGACCUGGAAAUAAUCGCUCUGGCCGAUCCAUCAAUUCACGGUCUAGAACGCGCUACGCGCACCAUUCAAGAAAUGGAUUCGGACUCUCCGUGGCCAGAUGAUGGUCUAGAAUUCAACACGCUUUGGGUCAGAGGUAUUUCGCUGAAAUGUCUCGAGUGGAAACUUCAGCUGAGGGACUUCCCGCAGCCACUGCUUCUGGUCGAGGCUCUGAGUAUUUGGGGCAGGUUGGCAGGGGCUGAAGCGCUUGCACCGCCUAGAGCUAGGAGGACUGUGAGGAUCGAGGUUGGCGCACCAUGGGACGAUAUCGUCAUCGAACGGGGCAUGACUUCGCUGAAGUACUAUCAUGAUCUGAACUGGGAUAUACGGAAAUUCAGAUACGCCUUUGGUCCUUGUUGGGAGCCAGUAAUAGCUCAGUGCAACUUGAGCUUCGAAAAAAUAGUACACCCGUCGCGUGAUCCGAGUCCACCGCUGCCUUUCUGGGACAAAAUGCGCCUGAUACUCCACGGUCGUAUAACUUUGUGCGUUAAACAGUUGACAGUUCUGCUGCACGCAUCGCUUGACCCGUACAACACGACCGAGGAGAUGGAGUUGACCUGGUCUGAUCUGGCACUCGACUGGACCCCAGGCAAGAUCCUAGUUAAGGGCGAUCUGGAUGUGUAUGUACGCACCGCCAGCAAAUACGAUGAUUGCCGUCUAUUGCAUUUACCCAAUGUAAAGUUGAGCAUUAAACUCGCUUGGGUUUGUCUGGGUGACCCACGAGACCAUCAUGCUGCGCUACCCUGUGCGCCUGACAAGCUCCCCGAGUACACGAGUAACCAACAACAUGAUUCGUUCCGUGCCUUCAGAUCUCAGAACCUCAACGUAAUCCUCGCGCUCGAAACGAAGCCCACGGGUUCUCCAACGGUUACCAGUGCCCCAACAGCGAUCCUCUACGGCAGCACACUUCGGUGGUUCGAGAACCUAAAAUUCAUUCUCUCCGGAGCAACACGUCCGACACGAAAAGGGCCUCUAUUUCGUAAUAUCAGACCUCGUAAGAAGCAACUUAGUCGUCACUACCGCAAGAUUCGACUAGCCCUAGGUUUCCAUCGCUUCCACGUGAGCUACUGGAUGUCCUUCGCGAUGCAGCGUGGCUUCGAAGUCACUGGCGGCCGUGUCGCUCUCAGCUCCGAACACAAUCUCACUCUGCACCCAAUCACCGACGGUCUGAUACACCGUCCACGUGCCGAAUGGUCUAUCGUGUACAUGACCUGCGAGCUUAGCGAUGCCGAAAUUUGGCUUAAGAGCGCAUUGCAGGAGGAAGAGGAGAGCGCCUCGCUUAGGCAGCCGGUGCAAAAGUGCUACUGUCUGAGCGUUGCCAGGGUCAGCUAUGGAAGAGAAGCAGUGGUAGCCGGGAUAAGCAACGACACGCCAAUCCACCGCCUGGUCGUACACGACCUAAAGGGUGCGUGGACGAAGACGAACCGCGACGUUGCCUUUGCACUUUUCGACUCGUUUAUCAAAACACAGCAGCUGAAGAAGAAUCUGUCGACGGCGGCGUUGAAAGGUUUUCACCGCGAGAACAGCUUGACGCCCCACAAGAACCGCGUGCGUGCCAUGGAGAGCCAGAGCAGUACGCCGACGAGCCAAGUGACGCCGGUAUCAGCCUCAAAACAACAGCCUCAGCAGGGUGAAGCCGCCGGUAUGCUACAAAGACUCAUCGCUGAGGCGGCUAAUAAGCCUGUUGCCUUCAGCGACGACAUGUCCGUGCAAACCAGGGGUCAACAACUCAGAGGACUCGCUGCUUGUAAUCAUGAUGACGUGCUGCAUAAAAAUUGGCUGAUCGCUCUAGUCAACAGUCAAGUAUUACUAAAGGGUAUUGAAACUAGAGGCUACGUCAUUCUGUCGGCAGCCAAAGCGGAAAUUCUCCAAAGAGUCCAUCGUCCUGUUUGGAAAGAAAGAACUCUCAUGUCUAAAACAACUUGGGUCGGCUCUUUAGAAUGCAUGCAGUACUAUGCCACAGUAAAUGCAAAUAUCGAUGAUAACAUUGACGACAACAUAAUGUGGUUGACAUUGGAUAAUAUCCAGGAAAAAGACUCUACAGUGAUUGCCGGCUUACCGGACGUCCCAGCCCUUGUGGGCUCAGGUCAAAGCGUCGGCGGGGUAGUAAGUCAAACCGUUGGGGGAGGCGGUGGACCCCAGCACCAGUUGCAGCGCAUCGUGUCGCGCUGUAAGUGCGAGUUCUUUUACGUAGGCUAUGGUCAAGCUCUGGAUUCAGGCUCUCUUGACGAAGUACCACCCCCUCCUGGCGAGGACAUCAGUCCCUGGGAGCGCAAGGACCUAUCGGCCGCUGACGCUUUCACUUUGAUGCAUCAUGACCUUGACGUCUGUACAAAUUCGCUGCAAUAUGCUAUGAUCCUGGACAUCGUUAACAAUCUGUUACUGUAUGUGGAGCCCAGAAGGAAGGAGGCUUUGGAGCGUUUGCAGCGCAUGAGGUUUCAACUUCAAUUGCACACUGAGGAGGACCAGAAGCGCCCGAUCCAAGAACGUCAGAAUAUUGUGCGUGGUCUGGUCUCCAAGCUGCGUCGCCUCGAAAAGGAGACAUAUCUCGUACAGAAAGCCCUGCUUGAGGAAUCCAGUCCCGAAUUACUAGCUGAAAUCGAGCGUUUGGAAGCCCGAGUCUUCGAAUGCAAGGAAAAACUAAGCGCCAAGGCGGAUGAACUCGAUGUGAUGCUUAGCUGUUACAAAGAAACGACUGCUCCGGCCGCGGCAUCCACGACCCUCAAGGACAAGCCCGCAACGGUGGCCCGUGCGGCUGAAAUUUGCUUUAAGCACGCUCAGUGGCGACUUACGGACGCGGAUGGACAACUCGGUAUCGCAGAUCUCAUAUUGACGAAUUUCUUGUAUACGAAGACGAGUAAAACCGACGACUCGGUGGAUCAUCUAUUGGAGUUAGGCUACGUGAGGAUGACGAAUCUGCUGCCCAAUCAGGUUUACACAGACGUACUUACACCUACGGAGUUGCAGAAUAAUAUGCCGGUGGAUAGGCAAAGGGCGCUUAGAGUAUUUUGCAGGGAGAAGGCGCCUGUGGCUGGUAUUUCUGUUAAAGAGCAUUUUGAGAUCAAUGUCGUCCCAUUGACUAUAGGAUUAACGAAGAAAUUUUUCAACACGAUGUUGAAAUUUUGUUUUCCGGAGAGAGAUCCUGAUGGCAUUGAGGAACCACCUGUUCCCCAAAGGGACUCGUCUUUCUAUGUACCCAUUGAAAGAAGAGAAGAUGUAGAGAAAAUGAAAGAAAGAGCCGAUAAAAAUAAGUUAUUCAUUUACAUAAAAAUACCGGAAGUACCUGUCCGAGUAUCUUACAAGGGUAACAAAGAAAAGAAUUUAGAAGACGUACGAGAUUUCGCUCUCGUUAUACCGACGUUGGAGUAUCACAACGUAACAUGGACAUGGCUCGAUCUUUUAUUGGCCAUGAAAAGCGACUCGAGACGCGUAAUUCUCAGUCAAGCAAUCAAGCAAAAGUUGCAAAUCAAACCAAGAGGUCCACAAGAGGAGGUGACUCCUCAAGAAGAAGAUAAAGCUCGACUUCUGCUUGGAGCUAGGCAUCUGCCGGGUGAUGCGAGAAAAAAAAGCGUCUUUAAAUUUAAAUAAGUAAAUUGUUUGCAAAUUUUAAGAUUGACUUAUGCGAUAGUGACAUGACUGAACUCGAUUUUUAGAGGACUUGUAACAAAAUUUGACUCUUCGACUUUCAAUAGAGUAUGCGAAUCCGUUAUUUUUAUAAAAAUAUAUUUCUAUAUCCUUGUACGUUUGUAAGAGUUUUGGCAAUAUCUGUUUGACCGAGACUCGCUUAUUUAAAAAUUGUAUUAUAUGUAUACAGGUUGUCAGGAGUGUAGAAGGUAGAGGCUUCAUUCGUAUUAAUUAGACGGUAUUUGGAUUCAAGUGAAUUUAAUUAUGUAUUUUUUUACAGUUCCGCAUUAACUUUAUUUUAACACAGCUGGCUGUUUAAUUGAUUAUUUCGUUACACUAAAUACAAUAGAAAAUAAAGAUUUUUAAAAUACUA